AUGUCUAAAUCAAAUUCAAAUAAAAAAGAUCAUGAGACUUGGCGAUUAAACGCUGAAACUAAAUUGUCAACUUCUCUUUGGGCUCAAGUUAUCAAAAAAUUAGGAAUUGAUAAUACUGAACAAAGACGCAACUCUUUGUACAAUAUCUGGCAUUUAAAACGUCAUAAAAUUGUUCAACUUGUCGAAAUAGAAUUAAAAAGAAAAAACAGAAAUAUAAUUGAUGGAGAUGAUGGUGAUAUUAGUCGAAUAGAAGAAGUAUCUGUUCGAGAGGAUAAUAAUGCACAUUUACUACCUGAUCCAUCAUUGCCUUUACCUGAGCCGCCGAAUACACGUACUAAGCAACCAGGAACUAUCAAUGGUAAUAAUACUGAAUGUUCAAUCGUCAGUGAAACAUCAUUUAUUUUGACGCCAAGUGAAUGGAAGGCUGCAUUUAGUUGUGCACAAAAAAAAUUGAAUGAUGGUUGGACAAAGAUAUUUUACGACAAAAUAAUUCCAUGUGGAAUUACAUGUUCGUGCACUGGUAAGUAUUGUACUAGAUCAUAUUUAAUUAAACUGACAGAUCAAGCGGACUUCAACACAUCGCCAAUAUUACAUGUGCAAAUCUCAGGUACAGAAAGGCAUGAUGCUAAAAUUGAAACAAUGUCACGUCAACUUUGUGGAGAGGAGCGCUAUCGUGUCGGAGAGCGAGCAAAUGAAAUUGGUCCUUUAGCAGUAUUUCGUGAACGUGUAGAAGCUGCUGAUGAAAAUUUGCUCGCAGAAGGUAAUUAUACUGGAUGUGAAACAAUUGAAGUAUUAAAAAAAACAGUAGCUGAUUACCAUAUUGAUGAAGAAAGUGUUACAUUGUUAUUUGAUCACAAGAAAACACUAAAAGAAGCGAAAAAGGAAAAUGAUAAAUUGAGAGUUGUAGAUGAAUAUUUUCGUUCUAGUACUGCUAUUAUUCAUCAAUCACCUUUUAAUGUAGAAGCUAUUCAACGUUAUCCUCAUCUCAAAACUCUUAUUAAUAACAAACUCAAAUACGAUAAAAUUGUUAAUCCAUUAUUCUCUCCACUACUUAUACGUAUUUUUUAUCGAUGGUGGGCAUAUUUACCCUUAUGGACAGAUUUAUUAUGGAAUUUCGAACAACGAUAUUCGAAUAGUCUUCAAACGAAUGCAUCUGUAAUAUAUAAUCCUAUUCGUCAUUCGAAUGCACUUGUUGAGAAUUAUUUUCGCACACUUAAAAGUAGCAUGCUUAAAAAUAAAGUUGCUACUCAACCACAGAAAAUAAUCGCAGAACUAUAUCGAAGCGUUCAAAUACAACUUAAAGCUAUUAAAUAUGAAGUAACACAAAGUUCAAAAGAAUACAUGUUAACAACUGCUCAACCGUCAUAUCACCCAGAGGUACUAAUUGAUGGUCAUUUAAUGCGAUGGCCACGAUUUGGAAUAAAAGAAGCCAUUUUUAGAGGUCGAUCCUAUACUCUCACUAAUACAUGUCACAUAGAUUCGGCAUUAUUUGCAUUAUAUUUUUAUAUAUAA